CUUUCGAUGGCGUGCUGCAAACUACAAGGACGUUGCUCUCGGCCUCCUUGUCGUCUGGAACGCCUGCCAAACAAGGGCUCUGUUGGCCCGUCCGCCGCCGCCCGCGUAUAAGACGCAUCCACCGCCCGAUCAUCGCCGUGUUCCCUUCCAUCUCCCAAUCAUUGCAUUGGCGCUAGCAGCUGGUGGUCUUAAUUUGAAGAUUGGUAGCUGUUGAUUUCCUCCUCCGAUCCGAUCCGAUCCAAGUCGGCUGCAAGCAGAGUGCCACCGGAGCUGCAUGGCCAGCUCCUCGUCGUGUGCCAUCUACUGCUCCCGCGUCCUCAUCAGGUGCUCGGCCUCGGAGGGCGGCGGCGGGCAGGGGCAGCGCCGGAGCAGCGGCGGCAGUAAUGCCGUCAGGGUGAACGGCGCGGCGCACCGUGCGCCGCUGCAGGUGGGCGCGGCGCUGGAGACGUCCAUCAACAGGUCGCUGGCCGAGCUGAGCGCGCCGGUGCUGACGCCGCCGCCGCCGCCGCUCCCCGGGGGCGCCGAGGACCGCGUCCUCCGGCGCCAGAACAUCCCGACGGAGAAGCAGACCGUGGACCCGUUCCGGCAGGCGCUGAUCGUGGAAGGCGGCGUGCGGUACCAGCAGACGCUGGUGGUGCGGUCCUACGAGGUUGGCCCGGACAAGACGGCCACCAUGGAGACCGUGCUCAACCUUCUCCAGGAGACGGCACUGAACCACGUGUGGAUGUCUGGCCUGCUGGGCGAUGGCUUCGGCGCCACGCACGGGAUGAUCAAGAACAACCUCAUCUGGGUCGUCUCCAGGAUGCACGUGCAAGUCGAUCAGUACCCGAUCUGGGGAGAGGUGCUGGACAUCGACACGUGGGUGGGCUCGUCGGGGAAGAACGGCAUGCGCCGCGACUGGCUCAUCCGCGGCCGCAACUCCGGCGACACCUUCGUUCGGGCAACCAGUACGUGGGUGAUGAUGAACAAGGUGACGAGGAGGCUGUCAAAGAUGCCGGAGGAGGUCCGGGGCGAGAUCGCGCCGUGGUUCAUCGACCGCCAUGCCAUCGAGGAGGAAGGCGCGGAGAAGAUCAUCAAGCUUGACCGCAACGCCAAGUAUGUCGACUCGGACCUCAAGCCGAAGCGAAGUGAUCUGGAUAUGAACCACCACGUCAACAAUGUAAAAUACGUCAGGUGGAUGCUUGAGACUCUUCCUGGUCACUUCCUGCAGCAGCACCAGCUUAGCAGCAUCAUCCUGGAGUACAGGAAAGAAUGUGGGAGCUCAGAUGUGGUGCAGUCCAUCUGCCAACCUGACGAAGACUCGGUUCCACCAGAGGAACAUGUCAGCAUGGUCAAUGGGCCUUCCCUUUUGCCAGAGAUCAUCAGUGGCCACCACAGCUUGGCAGGUGCGCUCCAACAAUGGCCAACCAAGUACACGCAUCUUCUGCAACUGAAAGCAGGUGAUAAGCACGAGGAGAUUGUGCGAGGGAGAACUACAUGGAAGAAAAAAACACAUAAAGCUCCCUGACAGCGUGUACGUUAGAAAUAUGCUUGAGAUACGCAUCGACCUGGAUGCAGCGAAAAAAAAGUUGAAUUAAAAUACUACUUCAUAGUUAGUCAUGCCUUCAUUGGCUACAUCUCCAUACAAAAAGAAAGGUUUCACAUCGUCCUCGAUGUGAUUUCCCUUGUAUAAAGCAAACUAUCAAUUGUAUUUUGCACUUGGUCAAUUUAUUUGUAUGUGUAGAAAAUUGAUGUUCUUGCACAUUGUGAACCUUCAAUAUUGUUCCUUCAGUGUUUAAUUUAGUUAAG